UAAAAUUUCAAUUUUAAAUAAUAAUAUUUUGAAGAGUGUUAAUUUUAAAAAAAAAUUCUUCAAAACCAUAGGGGGAAAAUAAUUAAAAAUUUUACAAAGAAAAAUCUAAAUGUAUUCUUCCGAAAUUCCUGACAAAUAAUUAUGAAUGACUAGUAAACAAUAUAAUGAUGAAAAGGAGGAGAAUGAGGCUCUAUUUAAUUUAGCAUCAAGCACUUAUGGUAAUAAUUCUGCCAAUGCUCAUCAAACAUUGACUGCAUCCCAUAGUGGAAUAUUGAAGCAAUCCAAAAAUGCCCUUUAUAACAAUAAUAAUUAUGAUUACAAUGGAUCUAGGCUUUUCGAUGAUUCUAACAGAAACGAAUUAAUUCCUAACUCUAGGUAUUAUGCAUCAUCCUAUCUUUUCGCUAAUUCUCCCCCUUACACGUCAAUUACCUUGCCUCCACCGCCUAGUCAUGGAAUUUUAACAAAUCGAAACCGUGUGACGUCAUCGCAACUCCAACCUAUAUCACCUUUAAUAACAUCACAAAAAACACGAGCUCUGAAUAGGCCACCCAGGAAGCAUGAAUCAAGCGAAGAUGAUUCUUAUGAUGAAGAAACAGAAAACGAGUACCCUCCAUCAUCUGUUUAUUUUAAAUUGGACGACCACAAACCUUACCAAAGUUUUGUAUCGAAUCAACAGAAUAGAAAAGAUAAUGAAAGGGACACGGAAUAUGAUCCUAUCAAAAUUAAGGAUAAAAAAGAUAGAAAGAGAAAAAAAAUCAGUUGGUUUGAUAACCUUUUCAAAAGCAAAAAAAAAGGAUAUUAUUUGAAAGGUAAAAGUAACAGUAUCGACUCUGAUUAUUAUUAUGAUAAAGAAUCAAACAACGCAAAUAUACUUUCCAAAAAUGCGACCCUAAUUAAUAAAAUUAAUUAUGAAAAUGAUAUUUCAACUAAUUAUGACAGUGUAAUUAACCAACUAAACACAGAUGGAUUGUUUCUAACUAAUUCCACCAAUGAAAGUCCUGACAAUAAGGAAUUGGGUGAAUAUAAAGGCAACAUGGGGAAUAACAAUUCGCAACAAAAUAUAAAACCUGUUAAUUUAUCCCUUAGUUAUACUUCCAGCACAGUUCAAUCUGAACCAUAUUUGAGAGAACUUUUAAACAAAAUGGAGGAAAAUGUUGAUGAUCAUAAAAAUUAUAGGGAUACAAGAAAUCCUCCCACCAAGAGAGUACAAAUGAGUUCAGAUCUUGAUAUUAUACCUCCGUUGACAUCCUUUAAUUAUCCUACUCCGCAUCACAAAAAAUUUGACGAAAAAGCACACUCUAAGGAGGCCUUUAGGAAAAACUUUUUCUCUAAGCUAAGUUACCUGUAUGCAUUGGUGUUAAUAGCGAUUGGUUUUAGCCUACCCGUUUCUGAAGCAAUCGCUGAAAAUUUUCCGAUUAACUACCAUGAGGUAUAUUACGUUUACUUGUACGGGGUGAGCAUAUGUUUUUUUCUGUACACUUACUUUUUCUUGAUCCGAUUCUAUACUAAGACCGAUACUAAACGGAAAGCCAGCGUUGUUUUAAUGCAAAAUAGAAGAAAUAUUGACAAUGAUGCCGCAAAAUUAUUAAUUAAAAAACAACGGGUAACAGAAUUUGAAAGUAGCACGGGGAGCUUCUACCUAAGAAUGGGUGCUUUAGCAUUUGGGGGUGGAAGCAUGAUAUAUAGUGGAUUGCAAUUCAGCGAAUUUUUCGAUAGCAACUUUUCGGCCAAAUGCUUAGAUAUUUUAGGAGGCCUAGUACCGGCAAUGAAUUUGUUAUUCACCUUCAUUCAAACCUAUUUCAUAUUUUCGCAUUCCAAAAUCUGCAUACACAAAUACAAAACGUUGGCAAGAUUCGGACUUAUGCAUGUUGUAGCCACCAAUCUAUGUGUAUGGAUUAUUACGCUCGUUAGGCAAACUAUUGAAGAGAUCGAAUGGUAUCAUCAUGAAAUAGAAAGCAAACCUAAAAGUCACGCUAAUACCACAGAGUUUGUAGCUCGAAAAUUUUUAGAUUGUCAAAAAUCAAAAAAGGAUAUUAUCAUGAGUAAAAUUGUAGAAGAUGCUGGACCAUUUUUAUACCCUUGUACAAUAGAGUACAGUUUAAUAUGUGCUGCAAUUUCUUACGUUAUGUGGAAAAAUAUUGGAAUAGUUCCUAGAUUUAGAAAGUCUCGACGUGCCCGAAAUUCGUACACCGUCAACUGCGAGGGAGCUAGUCGUGGUCUAUUUAUGGGCCUCAGCGUCUUGGUAUUCUCAAUCAUAACCCUCAUUCUUUUUUUUGUGCUUAUAGAUAAACGUGAGUAUUUUAUAUUCGCCGUCUAUCUUAACCAGGUAACCGAAAUAUCGGUUUACCUCGUGUCACUCGUGAGCAUAUUUGCUGCCUUUCAUAAAAUGCGCCCUCUAAAAUAUGUAGACGUCCGCGAUCGUGAAAAACUGGACAGCUUACUUUUGUCAAUCGCCGUGGCUGGUGAGUAUUUUUUUGCGACGUUUAGCAUAGUGAGUGCUGCCGCUUCUGCACCUAUUAAAAACUCUCAUGAUACCCUUAAAAAUGACGAAGUCAACGGAGCGCUCAGCCCCAAAAGAACUUUACUCUUAAUAUCUUCCCUGAUUAACGUUAUCCAGUCAACAGCUCAAACGGUGUUCAUCGUCGAUGCUCUAAAUCGUUUUUGCAUUACUGAGAAGGAUGAAGCGGAAAAGCCUGGGCGACAAUAUGUGACUUUUCUAAUAGUUUGCAAUUUCGCUAUGUGGGCUUUCAAUACUUUUGCCAACGAACGCACAAGAACCAACCCCAUACAGGUAGAGUUUUAUGGGUACAUAACAUGGAACAUUAUAACCCACAUUUGCACUCCACUGUCUAUUUUCUAUCGAUACCAUUCUACCGCAUGCUUGGCUGAGAUCUGGAAACAAGCUUACAAAACCCACAUAGAAGAUUUUGUUUAGUACUAUAGUAUAAAACAAUGACAUAAAAGGAUCCAAUAUAAAUUUUAAACUACUCUUGUUUAUAUAAUUUAAAUAAAAUACAAACUUAUAUAUACUAUGCAACAGAAUAUAUUUUUAUGGUUUUUGACAAUUGAUAUCCGGAACUUUACAUAAUUAAUAUUUUUGUUCCAUAAAUAUUU